GUUUUUUUCUGCAAUAUUUUGGAUGCAGAUUUUAAUUUUUUAUUUUGUUUUAAUUUGUGAUAUAUCUCAUAACUUUUUCUCGAGAAAUAUAACGUUUUAGGGGACACAAAAAUAACAUAAUUUCGGAUGUUUAGCAACAGGAUGCAUCGAAUUUUGUCUCGCUAAACUUUAAAAGGUACUGAACUGAAACGGUGCACCGUUGCGUAGCGGGCAAAUGGAAGAUUUUGAAUCUGACGAUAUGAUUCUUGUUUCUGAUUGGAUUAUUGAAUACUUUUGCCCCUAUAUUCUGAGACGUUUUAUAGAUAACUCAUAUUUGCUGGAUGAAGUUUCUCGAUAUCUCAUCGAUGGUGUGCUUGGAGUUAUCAGAGAUCAAAGAGAUGUAGAAAACAAAAAGGAGGCUGUUUUCCUUGCAGUUUUUGCACACUUGUCUAAUGUGCAAAGUCCAGACACAUCAGUGUUAGAAGAUGAUGCUUUUGAUGACUUUUUCACAUCAAUCACCAUGGUGCUUAAAUGCAUAGACAGACUUAAGUUGAACAUCACUGAGCAUCAUGACUUAAAUAAAGAAGCAGAUAUACUUAAGCAAAAAACUGUUUUGCAGGCAGCUUUUAUUUUGUGCAGGAAAUCCCAGUAUGACCAAGCUGAAAUGAUAACUGAGAAGCUGUCUCCUAUGUGUGAAAAUAUGGUCAAUGUCAAAGCAAAGAUUAGUAGAGUUCUUAAAGCAAAACAGAAACCACACAAAUGCCUGGAGGAAGAAUCUUUUGAAACAUACAGCGAGUCAUUUGGAAAUUUCAUGACAGCUGUAUGCAAGACUUUUAAAACCCCAAUCUUGACAUCGGUUGCGAGUGCGUUUACAAUGGAACCAUCUUGGUGCUCAAAGAGAAAAGCAGUUUCCAGCAAAAAUAUGAAAAGGAUAAAAGAAGGGGAGAACAUGAUGUCAAUCCAGACUGAAAAUGAAAAUCAUCUUGCACAUAAGCUGGAAAGAAUACGUUCAGAGAUGUCCUGUAAAUUGGUGUCUCCUAGCAAUAAAUUCACAGUGGCCCGUAGAGUGGAACAAAGGAGUGACAAAGAACCUGGUGAGUCUGAAUGUGGCACCAAAAAGACUUUAAAGAAAAAAAUACAGGACAAGUCAUCUUGCUCUCGACUGGAGAAAUCUGAAAAAAGUGAAGAUCAUGAAAAUUGUCUUAAUAGGUGUUCUUUAGAAUGUGACUGUGAAGAUUCCAGUGGAAAUAAGUCUUCUAAGAGUGAGCAAGAGACCGAAAAGUAUUACAAAAACAGGAACAAACCUGAUAGACAUUCUGAGCAGGCUGAACUGGGAAGCAGUAGUGACAACAGUUGCUGCGUUGCUGAGUCUGUUGAGAGUGGUGGCAGAUCACACAGAAAAAAGAGACAUGCCUCUGGAGAUAGCAUAGCUGAAGGCAGUUCUGAUGACGCUUUUGAGAGCCUAACCAAAAGAAUAAAGAAACAGAAGAUACUGUCACUCAGAAGACUGAGACUAAGCUUGGGCCCCAAACCAAAUAGCAAGAAACGUUUAAAAUGGACUGAAUCAGAAGAACGGGAGUUCUUCAAAGCAGUGCGGCAACAUGGAGCGGGUAAUUGGGCAUUAAUUCGGUCCCACCUCUGUACGCAUCGUUCAACCAUUCAGCUGAAGGACAAGUGGCGUAAUAUUUGUAAAAAAAAUGGGACACCUUAGGAUGCGAUAUCAUAUGCCAUAGACCAAGCAAUUCCUUUCGGUUGUUUUUUGAUGGUGGAGAAAUUUUAAACAUUUUCAGGCAAAAUGCACAAAAAAAUUUUUUUUUCUUGUUUCCUUGGAAUCUUUUCCUCUUUUGAUGAUGUAUGAAGUGAUUCUGGAUUUUUAGUUUCUUUUUUGUCUACUUUUGUUGUUGAUCCCAUGGUGACUUCUGAUGAGAAAUGUUGUUACUGCUAAAAUUAUGACUACUGCUAACAUGUAAAACAUACUUUUCAGGCAUCUUUUGGUCGUUAAAUUUAAUAUUGAUUACAGUGACACAUGAUGUUCAUGCUUAAGUUAAUGCAACAAGGUGUAUAUUGUAGUGACUGAAACUUUUCACCUAACAAAUUUCUAGAAAAAGUGUAUUUGUCAACAUACAUCUGCCAAAAGACAAAACAAAACAAAAACUAACGCGAUAUGAAUUCAUGCUGAUGGGAGUCAUGGUAUUCUGUCCUGAAAUUACGGAAACUUUGAUCACCGAGAUAAUCGCUUUUGUCUAGUAGACAACGUAAGUUAAAUGUAAAAAAUGGUUGUCGGAACGCUAACUUUAUAUUAAAUAUCUGCUAAGAAUCUCAGAAGCACAAACAGAUUUACAGAAAUAUAUAAAUUUUGCUUGAAACUAAAAGACAUUGUCCAGUCAUGACGGCCAUUUGAUUUUACUUAUUUUUUUGCUUUGUUUUGUCAUGAAACUGUUUUGUGUCGACUUUUUACACUCUCGUAACUUUGACAACAUGAUUUGGCUGAGACUGAGAGACGCGCAGUGCUUCGUGCAAACAAUGGUCUGAGACAGACGGUGUGGUCAGUGUUUUACGCUUUGUCCUUAGCUUUAUACUUUGUAAUCAUGACGGCCAUCUUAUUAUUACGGCUGUCAAGAUAAAUUGACUGACAGCUUCCACGUUAUAACUGCGUGAACGUGUGUCAAAGGUUGGAUGUUUCUACUUCGAUCAGCGGUGGUAAAACAUAUUUUUGACCGACGUAAAAACAGUACAGUUUUUGUUGUUUUAAACUGUGGGACAAAGGGCAGGGCUUUGUCCCCUAUGACGGCUGUUAUCUAUGACUGGAAGUGUAUUAGUUCCCACAUGACGACCGUCAGUGCUGAACAGUGGCAAAUCAUCCACAUGAAGGCAGAGGAGUCAAUAGUAGAUGAGUGGGAGGAGGAGGAAAAACUACAAAGAGUUGAAACGCCUUUGUGCCUGGAAGUGAAGCAGAGAUCACUCCAGGUGACACAAGGUUUUGUGGGAGCAGAUGCAGUAGGUGGCACAGGUUCUUAGUCAUGAUAAACAACAUACAGUGUUAAUUAAAUUAAUGUGAGAAAGGGGUGGGGGGGCUGGGUAUGGAUUGUUUUACUGGCCAAGCAAAUAUAACCCGUCAAAGGAGACAGACACAUGCCUGCUUAAGAAAGUAACUUUAGCCCUAGACGAAAAAUGCAUUAUUUCAGGUGUAGGAUAUGAUGAUAUUGUGAUUUCCCUGUGCUUCUUAAAACAAAAGUCAGUCGAGUUUUACCACUUUUUUGUUUCAUUAUGCUAGUGUAUUUCUGUACUCUGCUGCACUUUUUUCUUGGCAAUAUUGCAUUGCUUCACUAGUCACAAUAUUUUCUCUUGUUCGUUUUGGUCAGCAUCAGCAUCUUGUUUUUAUAUUUUCAAACAACUUCAGAUACACCAUGCAAAUCAAAUGUUAUCAUCCACAUCCAUACAUUAACAAAUGCAGUAGAGUAUUUUAGUUGUGUAAACUUUUCUGCUAAUUAAGCCUGAUGGGAGUCGUGGGACAAAACAGUUUUCUUUUUUUUAAUAUAACACUGUUAUACAUUAUGUGAAAAGCAUACAAGAUAAGUAGUGCUGUAUCAUUUUUUAUGGGUACAUGUUAUAUUUUUGGUGUUUGCAGCAGAGAAGAGCACUUGAGAGAAAAAUAUAAAUUUUUAUACCAGAUGGUUGUCGGGGGGAAAAAAAAUCUUUCAUUAAACACACUUCCAAUGCAACAGGCUGCUUCUAAUUAUUUCAUUUUGAAAUAUAUGCAUAAACAGUAUUAAUGAA